UUCAAACUUGGCAACUUGGCAACAACGUUUCUGUCCUCGUCCGGACUUCGGAGUCUUAUCAGUCAUGUUAAUCGUCUAAAAGUAAUUUAUUCUAAUGUUUUUGGACCAAUAAAGUUUAUAUCUGUUUCGUGGGAUGGAGGGAAGAGUUAUCGGGCCAGGGCCGUACAGGGCGACGAAGCUGUGGAAUGAAACUAUUCAACUCUUCCGUGGAGGCAUGCCGUUAAGAAGACACUGGAUACAUUUCCGCUACUAUGAUUGCACUUUCUCAGGAUCCGAGGCUGUGGAUUAUCUCCAUCAGCUUCUCCGGCACAACUGCAACUUUGGGCCAGAGGUGACUCGCUACCAGACUUUACAGCUGCUCAAGAAGUUCCUCAAGGCCCAUGUCAUUGAAGAUAUUAAGGGACGCCAUGGUACUGAGGAUUUUCAAGAUAACGGUCAUUUGUACAGAUUCCCCGCUUUAUCUCCCCUUAAGUCUUUGCCAUCGAGAUCUCUGUCUCGAAACAGAACUGACUUGCCAAGACUCAUCCGCUGGGAUGACUAUGAGGAAUUACCACAGCAGGAGAACGUGCCCCCUGUGAAGUCCACUAUUAUGACUUCUGACUUUUGGAACAAAAGGCACAGCGUAGCAAUUGGUGAUGUGCAUGAAUGCAAACUCAUUCGCAGAAAAGAUAUUACUCCGAAGCAAGUAGACAACACCUGGAAAUCAAUGACAGCUUCACAUUUGCAGCGAGUGCUGGGUUUAACGACGUUGGAUGGUGUAUUAAAUCCAGCACACGUGAAAGGCAAAUAUAUAGUUCACAACGUCUUCAACAUCAAUAAGUCGGGCAUAGUUGUGUUGGAGAACAACGAAGACGACAUGCCCUACUGGGUGGUGUCAGCAAUGAAAUGUUUGGCCAACUGGCCUAAUGGCAAUGACGCCAAACAACCAGUUUACCCAGGAUUUGAGAGGGAUAUCCUGAAAACAGUAGCCGACUACUAUCAGCGACUCAAAGAACCACUUCUGACUUUCCAUCUUUAUGAAGUGUUUGUCAACAUUCUCAGUCUGCUACAGGAGCAAGACAUGGCCACCGAGGCUCUUCAACUCAGCACUCUUUUGCUUCCGCCACCCAAUCGACGGCAUCUUCAGCUAUUGCUGAGACUCAUGGCACGGGUAUCCCAGAACCCUCAUCUGCCACUACUCAAUGACACUAUUGCCACCCGCACACUGAUGGUACAAAUGUUCUCGCAAUGCGUUUUGGGCUCCCCGGAUGAGAUGGACUUGGAUGAGCUGCUUGCCUCCAAAUUGGUUACUUUCAUGAUGGAGCACCACAACACCAUCUUCCAAGUCCCUGACAAGCUGCGCCACCAAGUUGAGGAUCAUCUUUCCCACUUCCGAAGAGUUCAGAUCAAAUAUGCAGGUUCUGAUACAGACUUCAGCACAUCUCCAGCAUUUUAUAAACAGAUUGCCAGGGUGGAUUCAGAUCAGCCAAAGUUGAUUGGUACCCAGACUCCCCUGCAGGAAUUACUGGAAGGCCUGAUCUCUGACAAAGAUCUUCCCGCCAAGGACAAGAAGAGAAGACUAAAACAGUUCCAAAAGUCUUAUCCCGAAAUCUAUCGCAAUCGAUUCCCCGCGGAAGAAAGUAGAGCUGUUGAGAAAAACUCUCGCUUCAAACCUCCCCUCAUGUUUUUCAACCUCAAAAAAACAUCAAACCCUUUUCAGAGGAGCUGGAGUUUUAGGGCAUAAACUGUUAAUCUUCAAUAAUGGAACACCCAGUCCUCCCCACUCACGUCAUCACUACGAACUCCCAUCUUUACCGCAAACACAACAGAUUAGCAAACAAACUUAACAUAAACGACCACCACUGGCCCUGGUUUUGUUAAGCAUGAUGUGAAGUGUAUGUUACAUUCUUGACACCACAGAAUGCUCGUUAAACAAAAUAGUAGGUUUCACAAACCUUCAAAGAAAGGUUGACAAAAAGUUUGAAAAAAGUUACACUUUCCAAAAACAAUUUGUUCAUUAUGUUAUGUCAAUUGAAUUUAUUAUGAGCCAGUCGGAUCAACAAAUCGGCAAGUGCUGGUGCAAAAGAUUCAAAUACUUUGUGCUAGCUUGAGGAGCAGCUACUAGGUGUAGAGGGGCAAAACUGCCCAAGGAGGAAUAGAUUUGACCUUCAAACUUUUUUUUCUUUUUGCUUGUACUUGAAAUAUAGUUAGGUUGUAAUAACUAAACAGAAUACAGUUUAACUGUAGUGGUUUAGAGAGGAUCCAAAUUAAACGGAAUAAAGACUGAUGAAACUACUAACCAUCCUGAAAAUAGCAAAUAAUAGUGACAAAAUAUUAUACGUUUACAAUUCAAUAGCACUAAAAGAACCACUGCUGUUUGUUCCUAUGAAUUCAAAUAGUUGAGUACCUGUUAAGAUGUACUGUAAUGUAAAUUAAAAUUGUACUCAAAUGAGUUGUAAGCAUUUCAAAAAUAUCAGUGUUACUGGAUCUAAACACCAUUGAAUGUCAAAAUCAAAAUGUUAAAUUACAGUUACAUUCAGUUAGCAAACUAUACUGUAUGAAUUUGUUUCACUGACAUUCGCUGAUAUAAUUUUGUAUGUUUAAUUUGUCUUGCAAAUUAUUUUUUUAGCUGCUAGCGUUUGCUGUGAAAGUGUGUUUCGGAUGAUAAAUGUUAGUAGAAAUAAUGACAUUCAUACAUUCCAGAAAUUACAGUUGAAUAUCACAAAUGUUCACCCUUUCCCCUAAAACAAACUUAAAAUCGUAUUUAAUGCGCACUCUCAAUUGUGUUUUUCUUUUUUUAUACACAUACAUAAAUACAUACGGGACAUACUGUGCAGACUUUCUUAAUUGGUACAUAGAUAUUUCAAUGUUUCUGUAAAGUAUUUUUAACACUGCUGUGUAGUUAGUCAUGGUCACUUAAAGUUUGAAGAGAUGUUUUAUUUUUAUAAAUGCUAUUAUUCUUGGUUAAUACCCUCAAAUCAUUGAAAUAAUACUGGAAACAAUUGUUAUACUUGAACUUUGACUUUGCUGGAAAGUGAAACAUUCAGUGUGUAUUUGAUGUAGAUUUAUUCUACAAAUCUUACAUGUUAUUAGUCCUCUGAUAUCCCAAAUUUGAGAUUGGGGGCAUUAUUUUCCGCUGUAUGAUCAGAGCAUGAUUAUGACCAGAUUUCUUUAAAAAUAAAAUAAAUUGCACUGCAAGAUCAAAACAAAUACA